UCGAUAUUGACACAGUGAAAUAAUGAAUAUUUAAAUAAAUAGUAUAUAUACGUGUAGACGUAUAGAAACAGUUUUUAAUUAUCUUAUCAAAGUUAUAUAUAUAUAAAUUGCUAGUCAUCGGGAACUAAUGAACGAUGGGCGAGGUAAACAAAGUAUUUAUGGAAAAUAAAGAGAUUGACAAGUUCACUCCUCAGAUUUUCGAGAUUGCGAAAGAAAAUGAAGAUUUUCCACUGAAAGCAAGUCAAACCCAGGAAGACGACAUGGACGAAUUGAAACAAAAGAUGCAUGACCUGGAAAACCAAUGUCAAAAAUUGAGUAAAGAACGCGAUGAAGCGAUGGCAAAGGGGGAUCACACAGAUCAGGAUCUUGGAGUCAAAUUAACUUCAGCAGAUUCUGAAAUCACACGAUUGCGAUCCGAGAAAAAGAAAUUGGAACAAGAAGUGGAUCGUCUGAAAAAUCGCAGCAUUUGGCAAGUCAUACGAGACAAGUUACCAUGUUGCCGUCGACAACAUUGAUCCUGGCCAACAAUCAAAAUAUACUAUAGUAUCAGUAUUUGCGUGACAUUUGUUGACGAGACAUAGAACUCUUACGAUAAACAAGAUCUCUUUAUACAUCAUAGUUGUUUUUUUAAAUAUCUACUCAAUUGAAAACAGUAUUUUCUUGCGAGAGAACAUCUUCUCGAUACUCGACGUUGUUUGGAUGGAUAUAAACUGAAUUGAGUAAAUGUCUCUACUAUUAAGGCUGGGCAUUCCAAAUUGAUUUAAAAUUUUUUAAAAUCGGUUUAGACGAAAAAUUCUAAUCGCCGGUCGCCAUUUGUUUUGUUUAUGUCCACCAAAUAUCAAGAUAAAUGUCUCAAUUUUUAUCACAGCCUCAUUUUUGAAAUUCUGACGUAUGUCUGUUUUCUUCCUAGUGAGUUAUUGUUUGGACAUGUUUCUCAUUAUAUGUGAACGCACAGUGAUGGAAUCUAUGUUUUCAGUAAUUUACGUGCCUCAAGGACCCAUCACAAUAAAAAUUACGUACAAUCAAAUAUCUCCUAAGUAUUCAAGAUUCAACUCGAAAAAAAAUACGGUAUUUCAUUCGAUUCUGAAAUCAUUAGAUAACCAAAAAUGCCCAGGAAGUUACUGUGCACAGAAUGUGCAAUGAAUAUUUUUCUGAUCUUUUAUUAUUUUAAUAUAACAGUGAUACCUAAAAUAACUCAUAUUACAGUGCAUGUGCAAUUUCAAUAUUGGUAGCUGCUACACAUUAACUCUGACGCCCAUAAUUUGUAUUCAAAUAUUCUUAACCUGAUGAAACUUGAAAAAUGUAACACAAUUGGACAAUUAUUUGACUUUCAUAUUUAAAACUAAAAAAAAUUGUUUUUUCGAAAACUUGUUACUCAUCUAUUUCAAAAUCACAUUAUCAUUAUUCUUGUUCCAGAAAAAUGUUCCCAAAAAUUGAUAUUUCGUAUAAGUUGAAAACAUAUGUUCGUUUGAUUCAGUUUUACAUGUAAUGAAUUCAGAAUAUAUACGGAACUCGAAACUUUUCUUAUUUAGUGGGAAUUUUUUAAUCGCUUCCUUCUUUUGCUUUUAGCAUUGAUAAAAUCUUACCUAAUUAGAGGUCUAUUAUUAAUUUUCCGUGUGUAUGUUAUAUGACCGACUGCUGCUGAUCUUUUGAAUUUACUGAAAUUUGAAUCGGGUACCGUAUUAUCGUUGUAGUGUUGUUAUUGACUUUACGUUGAUAAAUAUAAUAACAUAAAUAAAAUAAGAAUAAAAUGAA